CAGAGAAAGAGAGAGACGGUGACUCAUUUCUCGGAAGACGGAGAUUGGUCUCUCAAGUCGCCAUUGUUUGGUCUCCGAAGAAAAGCCCAUCAACAAUGCCUUCCAACCAACAUUUUCUUUCUCUUCUUCUCUUCUCUUUUUUGUUGGGCUUGGCCUCUUCCACCACCUUCCUUUCUGUUAAUGUUUUUGAGUCACAUGGCUCCACAUCUCGUUCCCUUCUCCAGGCCAAAAAGACUUGCACCAUAAACUUUGAGUCACAAAACUAUACAAUCAUUACAAGCAAGUGCAAAGGACCCCAAUAUCCACCUCAGUCAUGCUGCCUGGCCUUCAAGGAAUUUGCUUGCCCUUUUGCAGACGCCAUUAAUGACGAGCAAAGCGAUUGUGCUGCCACCAUGUUCAGCUACAUUAAUCUCUAUGGAAAGUACCCACCUGGCCUCUUCGCCUUACAGUGUAGGGAAGGGAAAGAAGGUCUUGACUGCACUGACAUACUUGAAGCCAAACAAAAGAGUAGUAGAGCUCAUAUAACAUACAACACUCCAUCCACAUUGCUGCUCUCGCUUAUAGCUGCAUUUUCUGUGUUGUUAUACCAUUUGCUCUGAUAAACCAAAAGGUGAACAAAUAUCUAUACUUUGUAUUCAUUUUCUCUUCUAUUAUUUUUCAUUGCUUUUGUAGAGACUGGUCUCUUUAAGGGCACAGC